AUGACAAUGACCUCCACUUCACUUACCGAAACCAUCUCACGCCUCUGCCUCGACAAAUACAAAACCCUUGCCAAGACAGGCAAACCCACAGACUCCGAGUGGACAGUUCUCGCAGGAUUCGUCCUACAGAAGCACGACAAAUGUUCUCUGGUGUCUCUGGCCACAGGCACCAAGUGCCUGGGCGCCAAAGACCUCCGAAAUACUCAAUCUUACGACCUAGGAGCUAGACUGAGUGAUUCCCAUGCUGAAGUGCUGGCUCGACGUGCCCUCCUACGAUACAUCUACGAACAGAUCGACGAAUUGAUCGUUUCAAAUGAGAAUCACAUUUUUAUUCUCAACAGCGAGGGAAAGAUCGAUUUCAGGGGAGAUGUGUCGUUUCAUUUUUAUUGCAGUCAGACCCCCUGUGGAGAUUGCUCUAUCAUCUUCAAGGAAAAAGAGUCUCCUCAUUCAAAAAUACCCAAAUUAGAUGAUGAUUAUGAUUCAAUGGAGAACGGGAGGCUGAUUUUCGACGUCUUUAGGACAGGAGCGAAGUGUGUUCAUGAUUCAGUCCAGGAUUUAAAGCUUCCUGGGGUGGAUUAUCACGCUCUAGGGCCUCUCAGAACGAAACCUGGAAGAGGAGACCCCACCCUCAGCCUUUCCUGCUCUGAUAAAUUAGCGAAAUGGAAUGUUCUGGGGGUACAAGGGGCGCUGCUCUCAUUUUUGAUCCCAAAAGUCAGGAUUCAGACUAUCGUCAUUGGGGGAGGCUGUCCCUUCUCACUGGAGAGCAUGAAGAGGGGGUUGUACAAACGAUUCGAUUCAGGAGUUGAGGGACCGAGGAUUGUUCAGGCCGCUGGGGGUUUUUCUCAGGCGAAAUCGAAAAUCAGGGGACAUCCCUGUCCCUCUAGUGUCAUUUGGUGUGACGUCAGAGGGAGAAAUGUAGAGGUUUCUGUUGAGGGAAGGAAGCAGGGGGCUACUAAGAACAAAAAAGGUAAUUUCCUAUUGAUCUCCAGAAGAGGACUGUUCAAUAAGUAUUUGAGGAUUGUGGACAAGUAUGGGUCUGCGAGGAUUCCUCCGCACCCCAAGAAAAUUAGCUACUACGAUUUUAAAAAAUAUUCUAGGAAUUAUCAGAAUUUAUGGCAGCACUAUAAAUCAACAGCUUUCCGUUCGUGGCCUUCGAAACCCCUAGAUUUACAAAAAUUUAGUUUGUAGGAUAAGAAUUAACGUUUGGUUAUCUUGUUUGGCAAUGUAGAAAUUUAUCUACUAAAAAUGAAAAUAUUUACAAAAUAAAUUGAGGGAUGGUUUAUAAAUGUUUUUUGCUGAGAUUUGUAUAUCCUAUUCCCACACAAGUCAAUAAAACUUGUUCCAUGAAAA